AUGCUUGUCUCCCUGACUGUCGGCAAGGUCGACGCCGGCGUCACUGUCCUCCUGACCCCAGAUAAACGACUCAUCGAGUUCCCAUCCAUCCUCCUUCCACCAGACAUCUCUUCUGGCUCCAUCGUCGACAUCACCGUCGCGCGCAAUCUAUCCUCCGAAUCCUCAGCCGAGCAGCGCUUCCAGGCGCUCCAGGACCAGAUCUACGGCUCCUUUGGUUCUGCCUCGCCCUCCAGCCCGAUACUUCGCUGCCGCAACGCAACUCAGACCUCAGUCGUGCUAGAAUGGGACCCCAUCCAGCUCGCGACCGCGGAUCUCAUCAGCCUCGUGCUGUACCGCAACGGCCAGAAGGCCGGCAACAUCCCCCGCCCACUACAGAUGCACACGACCAAGAUCUCGGGCCUGGCCGUGGACACGAAAUACACCUUCCACAUGGUGCUGAGGACAACGGCUGGCACGUACAGCAGUGAGAAGGUUGAGGUUCAGACACACAAGAUGACGGAUCUCAGCGGCAUUACCAUUACGACCGGGAUCCUACCGCAGUCCAUGCGCGAGGAGCUGGCAGAAGCCGUGGAGAGAAUUGGCGCCAAGAUCGUGGACAGCGUGAGGAUAGACACGACACACUUUGUCACCACCGAGGGCCGGGGCAUCCAAUGGGAGAAGGCUGUGGAAAUGAACAUUCCUGUGGUGCGGCCGGAGUGGGUGGAGGCUUGUGAGAAGAACGGCAGGAUCCUGGGUGUCACUAAGUUCUAUCUGGAUGCACUGAGGCCGGGCCCACCAAGUGAGGACCGGCCUGGGACGGCUGGGACAAUCACUCAGCACCAGCAACAGCAACAACCUCCUCCAGCGGCCCCAGCUGCCGCUCCAGCUCCAGUGCAGACGGAGAAAGAGUUGCCAGCCGCACCUUCGCCAGAGAAUGGAGGGGAGAGCAGGGAGAACGAGAAAGAGGACCCCGCCGAAGCGAACGGGGCCCAGGAUAAGGAGGCCGCCGUUGAAGGCGGAGGUCAUGAGACCGAUGAAGAGGACAAUGAGCCGGAGGAAAAGACCAAAGCGGCAGAGCAGGGCGAGCAGAAGGUCAGAUUCGAGGACAAGGAGCAGAACCUGACGUUGCGUCCAGAGGCAUCAAAGUCUGUAACCGUGGAAGACGCCGACGACAAAGACGCAGGGGCACAAACCCCAGCAAGUCGCGCAUCGUUCCAAGAUGUCCAGUUAUAA